CCAACUCGUCCUGCAGUCCUGCUGAUUGCGCUCGUGUGCGCUCCAACCUCAAAUUAUAUUUACUAAGUGUAGUGCAGAUUUUUAAUUUAAAAAUAGGAAAAUUACUCACAAUGAGUAAAUACGCGAAAUAUUCUCAUCUAAUCCAACAAACCACUGAGUACGCGCGUCGCAUGGACCGUCUCAGCAAGCGAAUAUUCGGUGAAGUCGCCCGGCCCACAAAUUCCAAGUCCAUGAAGGUGGUGAAACUCUUCUCUGCAGAACCAUUCAAUCAACGCAAGGAUAUCCACGGAUACUACCCUAGGCACCCUGAGGUAGGUCGCCUUAUGAUGAACCUGCGCUUGUAUGGGUUGUAUCGUGACGAGCACGCCGAUUUCAAUGAUGAGAUGAAGAGAAUGAGGGCACUCAGAGGCAAAGCACCACCAGUGCAUGAAUUCAAACAUCCCAAAAGGAAGGCGUUAUUUAAACACAAAUUAAGUUAUAUUAAAUUGUAGUAAUAUUGUUAUUAAAUAAAUUUGUAAACUAA